UUAGUUUUCGUUUAGACAAGUACCUUCUAAAUUACCAAUGUAGCUUUUAAUGAUUAUUUAUUUUUUGGCUUAAAAUUAUUAAACAGAUAAAAAAAGGUAAAUAGCGAGACAAUGGCGCUUUAAGUACGAACAAGUGAAAAAGAAAAGAGGGAGACGAGAGAAUUUGUUUAACCCAAAUUCAUUACGAUAAAGCAAACAAAACAUAACGGGUUUUUAUGCACACAUCAAAUAAUUGCCCAUUCGUGCUUUGAAGUUCUUAGAGUAGACAAGUGAAGCUCUCAUUUGCAUACGGCCACGGACCCCACGGAUAAGGAUAAGCAAAGGCAACUGCAAUCAUGUCGAGCGAGGAGAUGUUAUACGCAAAGGGCGCCAAAAUUUGGAUACCCCAUGCGGAGCUGGUGUGGGAGAGCGCCACGCUGGAAGAAAGCUAUCGCAAGGGCGCGGGCUUUUUGAAAAUUCAAACCGAAUCGGGUAGACUGCAAGAGUGGAAACUCAAGCCGGAUGGCAGUAAUCUACCGCCGCUACGCAAUCCUGCUAUACUGGUUGGCCAAAACGACUUAACCACACUAUCGUACCUUCAUGAGCCCGGCGUGCUGUACAAUCUGCGCGUGCGCUUCUGCGAGCGCCAAAUCAUUUACACUUACUGCGGCAUUAUACUGGUUGCCAUUAAUCCGUAUGCAGAUUUGCCGCUUUAUGGUCCCAACAUUAUACGCGCAUAUCGCGGCCAUGCCAUGGGCGAACUGGAGCCACACAUAUUUGCGCUGGCCGAGGAAGCUUACAACAAACUGGAACGUGAGAACUGCAAUCUCAGCAUUAUUGUCAGCGGCGAGUCCGGCGCCGGCAAAACCGUAUCAGCCAAAUAUGCCAUGCGUUACUUUGCUGCCGUUGGCGGCUCAGAAUCGGAGACACAAGUCGAACGCAAGGUGCUGGCAUCUUCACCGAUUAUGGAGGCCUUUGGCAAUGCCAAGACGACACGCAAUGACAACAGCUCCCGCUUUGGAAAAUUUACCAAGCUGCUGUUCAAAAACAACAUGGGCGUCAUGUAUCUGCAAGGCGCCACCAUGCAUACCUAUCUGCUGGAGAAGUCCCGUGUAGUCUACCAGGCACAAGGAGAACGCAACUAUCAUAUAUUCUAUCAGCUGUGUGCAGCGCGCGCCAAGUAUCCGGAACUAGUAUUGGACCAUCAGGACAAGUAUGAAUUUUUGAACAUGGGCGGUGCUUCGGACAUUGAGCGCGUCUCUGAUGCGGAUCAGUUCAAUGACACUGUGCAGGCCAUGACUGUGUUGGGCUUUUCCAUACAACAGAUUGCAGACAUUGUGAAAAUUCUUGCUGGCAUAUUGCAUUUGGGCAACAUUGAGGUAUGCAAGAAGUACAAAGAUGGCAGCGAUGAGGAGGACACUGAUUCCUGCGAGAUAUUUCAAAAUAACAUGCAUCUGCAAGUGACUGGCGAUCUGCUAAAAAUCAAUCCGGAUGAAUUGCGUCGCUGGCUUUUGAUGCGUAAGAUAGAGUCGGUCAAUGAAUAUGUGCUGAUACCGAACAACAUUGAGAUGGCGCAAGCAGCCCGUGACGCGCUUGCCAAGCAUAUCUAUGCAAAGCUCUUCCAGUAUAUUGUCAAUGUGCUGAACAAGAGUCUCAAUAACGGUAGCAAGCAGUGCAGCUUCAUUGGCGUGCUCGAUAUCUACGGCUUUGAAACUUUCGAGGUGAACUCGUUUGAACAGUUUUGCAUAAACUAUGCAAACGAGAAGCUCCAGCAGCAAUUCAAUCAGCAUGUCUUCAAGCUGGAACAGGAGGAGUAUCUCAAGGAGGGCAUUACCUGGACCAUGAUUGACUUUUAUGACAAUCAGCCCUGCAUUGAUCUCAUCGAGUCGCGCCUGGGUGUACUGGAUCUGCUAGAUGAGGAGUGUAGAAUGCCUCGCGGAUCGGACGACAGCUGGGCGGGCAAACUAAUUGAGAAGUGUGCCAAGUUUCCACAUUUUGAAAAGCCACGCUUUGGCACAACAAGUUUCUUCAUCAAACAUUUCUCGGAUACGGUGGAAUACGAUGUAAACGGCUUUCUGGAAAAGAAUCGAGACACAGUAUCCAAAGAGCUAACUAAUGUGCUGGCGCAGUCGAAUAUGUCGCUGUGCAAACAGGUCAUGGUUCUCGAGGAUGUCGACACACUUUGCACCGAUGCUAACAAGAACACCACCACUUUGGGCGGACGCGUUGUCAUCAGUGCGAACCGCAAACAGCUCAAUGAGACGCGUCGAAGAGUGGUGCCCUCAAAGCAGCACAAGAAGACUGUGGGCUCUCAGUUUCAAGAGAGCUUGGCCUCGUUGAUUUCCACGUUGCAUGCCACCACGCCCCAUUAUGUUCGCUGCAUCAAGCCCAACGAUGACAAGAUUGCCUUUAAAUGGGAGACGGCCAAGAUUAUACAACAAUUGCGUGCGUGCGGUGUGUUGGAAACGGUGCGCAUCUCCGCAGCGGGCUUUCCUUCACGUUGGCUCUACUUGGAUUUUUAUAUGCGCUAUCAGCUGCUGGCGCAUCGUGCGCAGAUCGAUAAAAAUGAUAUGAAUCAGUCUUGUCGCAACAUAGUGCUUAAGUGGAUACCCGAUCAGGACAAAUAUCGCUUUGGCAAUACGCAGAUAUUCUUUAGAGCCGGUCAGGUGGCUUUUCUGGAACAAGUGCGUGCUAAUCUGCGCAAGAAGUACAUUACCAUUGUGCAGUCAGUGGUGCGCCGCUUUAUACAUCGGCGACGCUAUGUGCGUCUGCAGGGCGUCAUCUCGGGCAUACAGUGCCAUGCACGUGGCUAUUUGGCGCGCAUGCGAGUGCAAAAAAUGCGCGAGGCACGUGCCGCUCUCAUACUCUCCAAAUAUGCCAAGGGCUGGCUCUGCCGACGUCGCUAUCUGCGUCUGCGUCACUCUGUGGCCGGCAUACAGCAAUAUGCACGUGGCAUGCUCGCACGCAACAAGUUCUAUGCCAUGCGGGAUCAUUACCGGGCCGUGCAGAUCCAACGCUUUGUGCGUGGUGUGCUGGCCCGUCGCGCCUAUCAGAAACGGCGCAGGGACAUUAUCAUUUGCCAGGCGGCGGUGCGUCGCUUUUUGGCGCGACGCAAGUUCAGGGGCAUGAAGAAGGAGGCCAAGACCAUUAUGCACAUGGAGAAGAAGUAUAUGGGCUUGGAGAAUAAGAUUAUCUCCAUGCAGCAGCGCAUUGAUGAGCUGAACCGUGACAACAGCAAUCUGAAGCACAAGACCAGCGAGAUAAGCGUUUUAAAAAUGAAGCUAGAAAUGAAAAAGAACCUGGAGCUGGAGUUCAAAAAUAUAAAGGCCGCCUGUUUGGAUAAGGAUAAACUAAUUGAGGCCUUGAAUAAGCAGCUGGAGUCGGAGCGUGAUGAGAAAAUGCAGCUGCUGGAGGAGAACGGACACACGCAGGAGGAGUGGCAGCAGCAGAAGCAGAUUUGGUGCCAGGAGAAUGUCGAGCUGCGUCAGCAGGUGGACUCCAUGAUUGAAAUGGCGAAAAGUGUGCAGAGCACACAGCGCAUACAAGAAGAGCAUUUGCUUACUGCCAUUGACAACAAGGAGCUUAACGAAGCCUAUCAGCGUGCUAUCAAGGACAAGGAAGUGAUUGAGAACGAGAAUUAUAUGCUGAAGGAGGAGCUCAGUCGGCUGGGUCAGCAAAAUGGUCUCAGCUCCUUUGGCAUGCAUCAUGUACGCUCCGUCAGCAAUGCCUCCAGCCAGAAUGAAGAUGAUGUGGGCUAUGCCUCCGCCAGAAAUACGCUGGACAUUAACAGACAGCCAGAUUUGAUAAACAAGAGUGAUUCAUUCCUGGACAGCACCAGCAUUGUGGUCAAGUUGCGUUCUAUACUGGAGGAAGAGAAGCAAAAGCACAGGAGCCUGCUGGAGCAGUAUGUUAAACUGGCAAGUCGCAAUAAACCAACGGAGGAUUCAUUCCGCGUGUCCGAGCUUGAGGUAGAGAACGAGAAACUACGCAGCGACUACGAUCAGCUGCGCACGAGCAUUAAGCACGGCGUUGAGAUCAACGAGCUCAAUGCUCAGCAUGCUGCACUGCAAGAGGAGGUGCGCCGAAGACGCGAGGAGUGCAUUCAACUGAAGGCUGUUCUCUUGCAACAAAACCAAACCUUACGCUCUUUUGAGCCGGAGAGCUUGCAGCUGCGUGGCAACGACGCCAGCAAUAUGCAGGAAGUCAUGGAGGCUUUCCACUCCCAGAAACUUGUCAACAGGCAAUUGGAAUCGGAGCUAAAAGCCAUUACCGAGGAGCAUAAUAGUAAACUGAUUGAAAUGACGCAGGCAAUCGAGCGUCUUGGCCAAGAGAAAGACGAAAUGCAGGAGGUUUUGUUCAAGAGCGUGGACGAGUAUGAACAGGCUGAUGUCGAAACGCUCAAGCAAAAUGAUCGUUAUCUGCGUUUGGAACUAAAGAAGGCCAUUACACAGUAUCUGCUGGUGCUAGAGGAGCUUAAGCUGGCUAAUGCCAAACUCAAGGCAUACAGACAAGACGGCGGCAAAUUGGAGCACAAAAUCGAGGAGGAGAUGACACGCAAUAAGGUGGCAAGCAGUAGCAGCGAUGUGGGCGCCAAUGUGACUAAGCAAAAGUCUCAAAAUCCGCUCGGUUUAAUGAAGUUCCAUAAUAGCGAUCUUGACAAAAUCUUACAGCGACUGUUGAGCAGUCUAACUCCGCGCACUGUUGUGGGCCUGCUGCCCGGAUUUCCGGCUUAUCUUAUCUUUAUGUGCAUACGCUAUACUGAUUUAACUAAUGCGGACGAAGAUGUGCGCGAGCUGCUGAGCAAGUUUGUCUUGCAAAUAAAGAAAAUGCAUCGCACACCACAUCCCAUAGAAAAUCGCGUCAUUUGGCUGGUCAAUUCCAUAACGCUUUUGAAUCUAUUAAAACAAUAUGGCGAUGUGGAGGAGUACGUCAAGUUUAACACAGAGAAACAGAAUCAGCAGCAGCUAAAGAACUUCAAUCUCUACGAAUAUCGACGCGUGAUACUCGAUUUGAUUGUUAAUCUAUAUCAGGCGCUGGUCAUGCAGAUACAGGGUCUGCUAGAUCCCAAAAUAGUUCCGGCUAUCUUGAACAACGAUGAGAUUCAACGUACGCGCCAUGCACAUGGCAUGCGCAAUCGCAGCAGUGAUGUUAACUCGUCGCCCGAGGGUAAUGUACCCGCGUGGAAGCAGCUUAUAGGCCAGUUGGAGCACUUUUACAAGCAAUUCCAGCACUUUGGGCUUGAUCCCAUCUAUGCCGAGCAGAUAUUUAACCAGCUAUUGUACUUUGUCUGUGCCGUCGCUCUCAAUUGCUUAAUGUUGCGCGGCGACAUUUGUAUGUGGGAGACUGGCAUGAUAAUACGUUACAAUCUGGGUUGUAUAGAGGAUUGGGUGCGCGACAAGAAGAUGUCUAAUGAGGUCUUGAUGCCACUGGCGCCAUUGAAUCAAGUGUCGCAGCUGCUGCAGUCGCGCAAGAGCGAGGAGGAUGUGCAAACCAUUUGCGAUUUGUGUACAUCGCUCAACACAGCUCAGGUGCUGAAGGUCAUGAAGUCAUAUAAACUGGAUGACUAUGAGAGCGAAAUAACAAAUGUUUUUCUAGAAAAACUGACCAGCAAGCUCAACGCACGUCAAAUGCCUAAGAUGAGCGAUGAGUUUACCAUGGACCAGAAUUUUAUACAUCCCUUUAAGGUGAUGUUUAAGUACAGUGACAUUAAGUUGGAAGACAUCGAAUUGCCGCCCCAUUUAAAUCUGGACGAAUUCCUCACCAAAAUAUAAGUU